AUGGGAUACCCAAGGCUGCAUAGGAUAGAGUGGACCUGUCCUUCCACACAAGAAGGCUACAUUUAUCGGCCGCUUAACGAGGAGUCAGAACUGCGCUAUGACGUAAUCAGCCGACGAAUCCGGCCUUUAGAGCAGCGGUCCCCAACCACCGGGCCGCGGACCAGUACAGCCCCCCCUCCUCCUUAUCUUCCUCCUCCUCCGUGUCUCUCCCACAUCUCCAUCACUCCGGCUGCUUCCUCCCUCCUCAUCCUCUGCUCUCUGCCUCUCAUCCAGCAUCAUGCUUCUAACGUGAACUCCGUCAACUUGUGCAGGCUGUGUUUUCCUCUUCUGGACCGACUGAAGCGGAAAGCUGGUAGAUGCUGCGAGGAGGAAGAAGGAAGGAGAAACCAGAGGCAGACGCUUGCAUCCUUCACUGAGUGCCUUUUGUUUAAGCGGAGCAACAGCAUGGAUCUGUCCUUCAUGGCCGCGCAGAUCCCAGUCAUGACUGGCGCCUUCAUGGACUCUUCACCCAAUGAUGACUACAGCGGCGAACACUCGCUCUUCAACUCCUCGGCGAGCGUCAACGCCGCAGCCUCAGCAGCCUCGGUGCACGGCCCGCCUGAUGAGCAGCAGCCCAUGUCGAGUGACGCCAUCUGGCUUUGGAUCGCCAUCAUCGCGACCAUUGGAAACAUAGUGGUGGUGGGCGUAGUCUACGCCUGCACCUUCUGAUACAUCAGACAAACUUAACAGCCACACAUCCAGCUUUUGUUUUUAUCCUUUUUCUCAUGUCUGGAAAUAUAAACAGAACAGAGACAUGUUUGAAUUGAAGUUCUGGUAAUUAGCAAUGAUUUAUAAGCAUCCAUUGUUCUUUUUUUAAGAGAACUGUCGAGAUUCUCCUGCAUUUGACAUCAGUGAGCCUUUUUGAUUCAGUCUUUAUGUUUAAGAUGUGUCACCAUCUUCUAUGUUCCAGAACCAAACUUUCCAAGGCUGAUCAUAAGGUUUGUUUCCUGAACGUAACUCUGAUUUUAUUCUUUGAAAAUAUACGUUGUUUAUUUCCAUCAAACGGACAGCAGCUAAAUCUUACAACUUAGAACAAAGGGAAAGUUAACUAAUCAAAUUUUUAAGUUAAAGAGUCUAAAAGUUACUAAAGUAAUUUAAACAAUUCUGAAUAUAUAUAAUUUACAUAUUUUAGUUCUAAAUUAUUUAAAGUAUAUUUUUUCUAGAGGGAAAAAACAAAACAAACAAAAUUAUGAUUCAUAAAACAUUUGACACAAAUGGCUCCAAGAAGAUGAUUAUUUGCAUGAUAUCUCUUUGGUUGGUCUUCAGAUUCUUUUACUUAAAAACAUUACCUUGGCUUUUAGUUUGCUAUUAAAAUGAAGCUUAAGUUAGACUCAAAAUGCUGGUUAGACCUGGUCUAUCUACGCUGCAAAAACUGAUAUAAAAAUAAUUAAAAUGUGCUUAAUCUACAUUCAGUUCAAUUCAGUUUAUUUCUAUAGCGCCAGUUCACAUUAUGCGUCAUCUCAAGGCACUUUACAG